ACCUGGUGUUGUUCCGUUCCUGAUGCACUUUUGAAUACGAGGUGAACGAUGUGGCAAAGAGGACAUAGUAGAGGAAAGUUAGGAGUAUUUUAACGAGAUAAGUAGCUCUUCUGUUUUUGGUUAGAUUUUUUUGUGUGCAAACUAUAAACAACGUUUUACUAUGGAGCGCAUCGAUAUCUCGAAAUACCUGGGAACUUUACCAAAAGAAAGCGAGCUUUCUGUCGGUAACUCCCAGAGACGCCAUGCCGUGAAGAGACAUCACCACAAACACAACCUCAAACACAGAUAUGAAUUUCUUGAAACUCUGGGCAAAGGAACUUACGGAAAAGUAAAGAAAGCCGUUGAAAGAUCUGGCAGAAUGGUUGCCAUCAAAUCCAUAAGGAAGGAGAAGAUAAAGGAUGAACAGGACCUGGUACACAUCCGGAGAGAGAUCGAAAUCAUGUCUUCUCUAAACCACCCUCACAUCAUCAACAUCUACGAAGUGUUUGAGAACAAGCACAAGAUCGUGAUCGUGAUGGAGUACGCCAGCCGCGGGGACCUGUACGACUACAUCUGCGAGCAGCAGAAGCUGAGCGAGCAUGAGGCGCGCCACUUCUUCCGCCAGAUCGUGUCCGCGGUGCACUACUGCCACAGGAAUGGAAUCGUGCACAGGGACCUGAAGCUGGAGAAUAUUCUUCUGGAUGGACAAGGGAAUGUGAAGAUUGCAGAUUUCGGGCUGUCGAACCUGUACCGGGGUGACGAGUUCCUGCAGACGUUCUGCGGCAGUCCACUGUACGCCUCGCCUGAGAUCGUGAACGGCCGGCCGUAUAAAGGCCCUGAGGUGGACAGCUGGUCCCUGGGGGUGCUGCUGUACACCCUGGUGCAUGGAGCCAUGCCCUUCGAUGGCCAGGACUACCGCAACCUCAUCCGCCAGAUCAGCUCUGGCGAUUACCGCAAGCCUACCAAACCUUCCGACGCCUGUGGACUGAUCCGCUGGAUGUUGAUGGUGAAUCCGGAGCGAAGAGCCACGCUGGAGGAGAUCGGCAGGCACUGGUGGCUGAACUGGGGCUACGGCGACCCUCUGAUCAGCGACCCCGAGCCUGUGGCGGAGCAGCCGGUCGCCGCGGCGCCCCAGACGGGCGGGCUGGCGGGCAUCGCCGGCUGGCUGCGCAGGAACUCCCGGCCGCUCCUGGAGAACGGCUCCAAGGUGCGCUGCCUCCUGCGCUCUCAAGGGGGCGACGUGGUGCGGCAGCGCUCCCUGCGGAGGUCCAGGAAGGAGAACAACGUCUCCCAGACCAUGCAGGACGGGACGUCGGCCCGCCCCUUCAAGGGCAUCCUGAAGAAGCGCGGCAGCCUGAAGCAGAAGGCCCUUAACGAGCCGCAGAGCAGCGAGAGCGAGAACACCAAACCCGCCUCUCCCUCGCCCCCCGCAGCCUCUCCCUCGCCCCCCUCCUCCGUCUCCCUCCCCCGGAAGGGCAUCCUGAAGAAGCCGACGGAGCGGGAGUCGGGGUACUACUCCUCCUCCCCCGAGAGCAGCGACUCCGCCCAGACCCCCCAGGCCUCCGCGUCGCCGGCCAGCCCCCCGCGUAGGAAGGGCAUCCUCAAGCGGCCGGGGAAGUUCUCCACGGGCUGCGCCCAGGACUUCGGCUCCCUGGACCAGCUGGCGUGCGCGGGCCAGCGAGGGGGGCGGGCGCGGCCGUCGGGGGCCAUCAGCGAGGACAGCAUCCUCUCCUCCGAGUCCUUCGACAUGCUGGACCUGCCGGAGCGCAGGGGCCUGCCACCCCCGGCCGAGCCGCCCCGGGGCGGGGGCAUGCGAGCGUCCGUCUCUGCAGACGACCUGCUGGGGCUCAGGGACUGCGCGGGGGAGGGGGGCCGGCAGCACAACCUGUGGGACAUGCGCUGCUAUCAGACCGGCAUCGCAGAGAGCGCCUUCUCCAUCACCGACUGCGAAAACGUGACUGAGGCCUACAGGCGGUCGGUGGAGCUCUGCGGACACACCUGUUAAACCAGGCCGUUCUGCCGUUAUGACAUUUUCAGUGAGACAAAAGGGAGGGUGUCAUCGCUUACUGCACAUUAAGAAUGGCGUUGGGAAUGCCUGCAAAGACUUGUUUAACUGAAGUAUUUCGAACCAUGAUUACUGGAGUUGGAUAGUGGUUUGGGGUUAGCCAUUAGCAGGGAGACUUUUUUGAAGAUGGUGUGGUCUUCAGUACCAUACCAAAACCCUUCAACACUACCAAAAAGACUUGUGACCAAGACUUCAGACUGCAAAUACUUUUACCUUCUUAUUGAUAUCCAGUAGUUUUUUUUUUUCGAAUGUACUUUGUACUUGAAAAAUGUUCCAGCAGUAUAAGUCAAUGAAUCUCAGGAAUAUAAAGUUAUUGUUAUGCAGUUAUAUUAAUUUUUAUACAUUGAUGGAUUUAUUCAAACUAAAAUAAGUAGGCAAACUCUGAAUCUGGUUGCAUUUAAUUCUCAGUACUUUUAAAGACUCCAUGAAGCCUUUACUAUGUUUUCGGUACAUCCAUCACAGGGGGAGUUUGAUCUAAGUACCUUCUAAAGGCAUUUUUUGGAAAAGGCAAUCAAAAUGAUUAUUAUCUCUAUUGGAUCUCAAUGAGAGGGUGGCUAUUUGAGAUUUAUCUGAAGUGUGACUUGAACUGGUUUUUUGUGUCCAUUUGUCAUGUUGUAAUUUACUUGUUGCUUUUUAAUGUUGAAUUUUAUUUUUAAAUUUGACUCAAGUGAAACCAUCCGUUAGUCUUAAAUGGGGGAGUUAAUUUAACUCUUAUCCUUACCAAAGACCUAGAUUGUAUGCAAAGGGUAACUCAACACAAUUAUCACAUCAUCCAUGCUAUUUCAAACAAAAUGCGAUCUUUAGUGCAUUUGAUUAGUCUGACCAUUGAAAGAUCUGCUGUAACUGGGCUUAAUAUGCAAGUGUGACCAAGGGGGUUGUGCUAUGCUCACCUAAUAUGAUACUCAAGACGGUUUGCUUUAAAAAAGAUAUGCAUAUCCUAUGUACACUUCAGAUGAGUGUGUGUAUCCAGAAGGUUAAUCUUUCAGGGAAAGGAAUGCUAAAUAAGUGCCAUUAACGUCAAUUAUGAAUCCAUAUACCAUCUGUUGGACAGGGUUAAUGUUUUGCCUUUAUGACGAGUGUAGAACAGUCUAGCCUAAUAACAACGGGGCUUUAUCUCUAUUGCAUUACAAGGACAGAGGGUAAAGGUUUGUUUCGGUUUCUGGUAAAUCUGAUGGGGGGGGGGGGGGAAUUGGACUGCACUCUUAUGCCUUAAGGCGACUUGAAUUGCAAUCCAGCUUUUGGUUGUGCCUUAUUCAAUACUAUUAAUCCGAUUUGGUGCAAUUGUUGAGAAAUUUGUUAAGAAUGUUUACACCGAUUACUGCACGCUGUUUAUCAUCCUGUGCAUACAGCUACAGAUGUUUGUGAUCAUGUGACUAGAAUGUGGAUAUUCCCUCAAUAAAACAGAAUGCAAUUCUUAAACA